AUGGACGUUCAGGGGUCUGACAAAAUGGGGGGGUGGACGCCGCCCAACAACGGCCUGUCCAACGACCUGAACCACCGGUUCUCCACCGCCAUAAUGAACUUCAACGCCGAGCUGUCGGGAUGCAGGACGGGCGCCCUGGUGCAGGUCUGGAUGCCCGAGAUGUGCCGCGACGGGAACAUGGUCCUGCAGACCAAGGGACUGCCGUUCUCCAUUUCCGGCGUGGGGGACCUGCUGGCGCUCUUCCGCUGCGUCUCAUGCCGCUACCGCUUCACCACGGACAUCUCCAAGCCGCACCUAAUGGGCGUGAUCGGCCGCGUGUACUCCAGCGGACAGCCGGAGCUGUGCUACGACGUGCAGCGCUACGACCCCAGCGUGUACCUGCGCGCCAGCGAGGCUCAGCGCUGCCGCGUGCACUCCACGCUCGUCACCCCCGUCUACCUGUCCGCGGAGCGCGAGCGGGCGGUGUCCGUGGUGGAGGUCUCUCACCACGACAAGGACGUCAAGUUCCCGGAGAUCAUCAACCGGUUGUCCACGUGCCUGGAGAGCGUGCAGCUGUACAUGGCGGACAUCGACAUCAACAGCGUGAGCUUCGGCCUGCGCAACUGGGCGGUGGACAUGGCGCAGAUCGCGGGGGAGCCGGUGAUCAAGGCGGAGACGGAGUUCGGCAGAGAGUGUGAGGCCACGCCCCCAGGCUACAACCCGCUGGUGUGGGCUCCUACAGGCAGCCCGCAGGAGACGGUGCCCACAGAUAUGGACAAGCAUGCUGUCGCAGCCACUGCUCCCGCACCACUCAUGGGAGGCUGGACACCUUCAAGGGGUUUUCCGCCUCGUGGGCGCCCUGUGAUGCCUGGUGUCGCCUCUGCUCCUGCCAUCAGAAUCCCCCCCAAGGGGGAUUUUGUGUCUAGGAGUGCCUCUGGACCACUAUCGAGACACUUUCUUCCACCCAGGAGUGGUUUUGUGAGCAAGAGUCGUUCUGGGCCAUUGACGCGUCCAAGCAACCUUUACAGUGCACCGCCAGGCAGCAGACAGGGUGUACUCAGCCCACAAUGGUCACCUGAGAAUGCGGGUCUGCAUGGAACAGACUUUACUGCGGGCCCACUUGCAGCGUCCCAGCCAGCUGCCCCAUCUCCCAUCCGGAAUGUGAUGGAUCCUCUUCCGGCAUCCACCGGUCUUGAGGCCCUCAACAUUCCUCCUCCAGCAUCGUCUCCCUUGCCCAGCAUCGAUGCGCCUGCACAGCCAGAGCGGUAUUCGAGCGACUCUGAUUGUUUCUCAGAUGUUUCUGAUGGUGAGGAUGGUGACAACGACAAAAGCGGCAAGGACUCGAAGCUGGAGACUGAUGCUGAGGGCGGUCAGCUGGAGAGGGCAAAUUCUUCUGGUCAGUCCACGAAGAACGACAACCGGUUGGGUGGGGGCGCAGGCAAGCGGCUUACUUUCAAGGACCUCCAGGGAUGUUUUGGUGUUGGUCUCAAGGAGGCUGCAGCACAGCUGGGCAUCUGUCCGACAACCCUGAAGCGAGCAUGUCGUAGGAAUGGCAUCUCACGCUGGCCAUCAAGGCAAAUCUCCAAACUCAGCAAGGCCUGGCACCAAAUGGGGUAUCAAGGCUCCCCACCAGCGUGGCUUGUGCGGAAGGCGAUUACAGGCAACCUGAAGUGUGACAACCUUGUGUUUUCCCUCAAUGCAGGUUUGCAUCUGGGGCUGAUGCAAGGCGGCGGGGCGCAGCCCGCACCAGCCUUGCCCCAGCCCACACCGGGCUGGAACGCUGUAAACAGGCAGGCUCUAGGCAGUCUCUCUGCUCCCGCGGCCUCGGGCUUGGCAAGAGAAGCGGAUCUGUCAAUGGGGCAGCCAGCAUGCCAGUUGGGGCCGUCAACCCCCCAACUGCCUACCAUGCCUACAGACCAGGCGGAUUUCUUCGACGAGAUGGCCGGCAUGUUGCAGGAGCCAGCAGGGGCUCCAGCUUGGCAGUGCCCAACUCCUGGACCAAGCUCGUUGCAUGCUCUUAACCCCGAACACGAAGCACGCCGUGUGUUCCGGUCUAACAGUGCGUAUGGCUCAGAGGCAUUCCAGUGCAGGUCGCCUGACUUUUCGGGAGGCGGUAUAGAUGCCAGGCAGCAUCAGGGGAAGGAACAACUGUUGUCAGGGCCCGCUUUGGCGGCUUUUGAUGGCCUUGGGGACAGCUUUGCGACAGACAUUGGCUUUGCAAACACUCUCGGCAGGCCACCACUGGACAAUGCCACGUUCAGUGGUGUGGACGGUACCCCCAGCGUCAACGAAUUGGGGAUUGCAGGUGGGCUGUUUUGA